GUUAAAUAAUUUAAAAAAUUAGAGUGGUCCACGGUUUUCUCUAAAGAGAAGAAAAAAAAUACAAAACAAAACUAUUAUGGUCAAGAAAGAGUAACUACUUUUAUUAAGAAAUGGAAAAAAAAAAAAAAAAAACAAAGAGUAGUGUGACAUGGAACAUGAAAGCUCAAAAGACUCGUGUGUCACAACGCAUCGGUCAAGUCAACUCCUUACAACCCAAUUAACACGCCACAGACCAGAGUCACUGUGUAACCAUUCUCUUCUUGACCUGUCUGUUUCCAUUUUUCUAAACGAAUUUUCUCGGCACUCUUUUUACGCGUUAAGCUUUUCAUCAUCCUUUUCUUUUUUUGCCUGAAAACAAUAAUCAUUAGGGUCAAAAAGAUGAAGAGGAAGACGAUACAUGUUUCUCAAGAAACAGGCAAGUUCAUGUUCUGUCUCUUCUUUAUCUUCCUGCCUUGUUGUUGCCAUGUAUGUUUCUCGGAGUUGUCUUUGGACCAGACAAACACAAUGAUCGAACUCUCGAGAUUUCUUAAUAUCUCGGAUUGGAACCUUCCUGGUUCUGAGAUGAAUCCAUGUUCAUGGAACGGUGUUCUUUGCAGCGGACAAGACAAUGGCUCUGUGAUUAGCAUAUCUGUCUCUGGCUUUGAUAUCUCCAAUUCUUCCUUCUUACCAGUUGUCUGCAAACUCAAGACUUUGGAGUCUCUCGAUGUCUCCAACAACAGUUUAAGCUUGAUCCCAGAUGGGUUUGUGACGACUUGCGAAAGACUUCUUGGGUUGAAGCAUCUGAACUUGAGCUCAAACAAAUUUUCUUCUUCUCCUAGUUUCCGCGGUUUCUCCAAACUGGUGGUUCUUGAUUUCUCUUACAACUCGUUGAGUGGGAAGAUUCCAGACUAUGGUUUUGAUGGGCUGGUUCAGUUGAGGAGUUUGAAUCUUAGCUUCAACAGUUUGACUGGUUCUGUUCCGGUUAAUUUGAGCAAAAGGCUGGAGAAGCUCGAGGUUUCAGAUAAUUUUCUGACCGGUACUAUUCCCGAGGGUAUUGAAGAUUAUCAAGAACUAACGCUGAUAGAUCUCAGUGAUAAUCAGCUUGUUGGUUCAAUACCGAGUUCAUUGGGAAACCUCACCAAGUUAGAAAGUUUAAUUCUUUCCAACAAUAAGCUUAGCGGGUCAAUCCCAGAAUCGCUUUCAAGAAUCCAAACUUUGCGUAGAUUUGCGGCUAACCGUAACCAUUUCACUGGAGUUAUUCCAUCAGGGAUCACAAAAAACCUCGCAAACUUAGACCUCAGCUUCAACAACCUAAACGGGUCGAUUCCAGGUGAUCUUUUGUCGCAGCUUAAACUCGUCUCUGUGGAUUUGUCAUCUAAUCAACUAGUUGGAUGGAUACCGAGAAGCAUUUCACCUGGCCUGUUUAGGCUGAGACUAGGAAGUAAUAUGCUAAGAGGGCCGGUGCCCUCUGCUGCGUUUGAAUCACUGCAGAACCUAACCUAUCUGGAGAUGGAAAACAACCGUUUAACUGGCCACAUACCUCAUGCAUUUGGAAACCUUCAGAGCUUGAAUCUCCUGAACUUGGCUAUGAAUGAGUUCACCGGGAUAUUACCUCUUUCAUUUGGUAACCUUACCCGCCUUCAAGUGAUAAAACUGCAGCAGAACAAGCUUACAGGAGUAAUCCCAGAUACUAUCAAAUUGUUAAUUAACCUCUUGAUUCUUGACAUCAGCUGGAAUUCUCUGAGUGGAUCCAUACCGCCUUCUCUUUCGCAACUAAAGACGCUUUCCAACAUGAACUUGCAAGGCAAUCAUCUGAGUGGUACAAUACCUGAAAACAUUGGAGAUCUGAAGAAUUUGAUAGAACUUCAGCUUGGAGAUAACCAGCUAAGCGGGAGGAUUCCAGUAAUGCCACCGAAGUUGCAGAUUUCAUUGAAUCUCAGCUACAAUAUGUUUCAAGGGCCAAUCCCCGCUUCAUUGUUUCAACUUGAUCGCUUGGAAGUUCUUGAUCUGUCAAAUAACAAUUUUUCAGGCGAAAUCCCUCCUUCUGGCAGUUUAAUAUCCCUUAGACAGCUCAUACUUUCCAACAACCAGCUAACCGGAAAUAUGCCAAGGUUCACCCAUAAUGUUUUAGUUAAUAUCAGCGGAAACCCCGGGAUCAAGUCAAGAAAUAAGGAUGAAGUCUCUAUCAAGAGAAGGCCAACAGGGAAAAGCAAACUAGUUAUGGUUGUAAUAUUUGUUUGCCUUGGAGUUCUUGCUCUUGUGGCAGGGAUCACAACAGUCAUCGUGCUGAAACUUUCUCGACGCUUCAAGGGAAAUAACAACAUGCAGGUUGACCCAGAUGAAGAAGGAUCAACUGUUCUCCCCGAGGUCAUUCAUGGAAAGCUUCUCACUUCAAACGCUAUACACAGAUCAAACAUCAACUUCACCAAAGCUGUCGAAGCUGUUGGCCAUCCAGAAAAUGCUCUGCAUCAGACAAUGUUCUGGAGUUACUACAGAGUAGUCAUGCCCUCUGGUUCGAGUUACCUUAUCAAAAAACUUAACACACGAGACAGGGUUUUCCAGCAAGCCAGUAGCGAGCAACUAGAGCUAGAGCUGGAGAUGUUGGGCAAGCUGCAUCACACAAACAUAAUGGUUCCGUUAGCUUAUGUUCUCUAUUCAGAAGGAUGCUUGCUCGUCUAUGACUUUUCUCACAUGUAUAACCUUUACGAUGUUCUACACAAUCAGACCAGUGAUGUAGUUGAUUGGACGAGCAGGUACAGUAUUGCAGUUGGGAUAGCUCAGGGGAUCUCUUACUUGCAUGGAUCCAAAUCCAGCGGCCGUGAUCCAAUCCUUCUACCAGAUCUCUCUAGUAAGAAAAUAAUGCUCAAGUCGCUAACUGAGCCCCUAGUAGGGGACAUUGAACUGUUCAAGGUAAUCGAUCCUUCCAAAAGCAACAGCAGCCUCUCAGCAGUUGCAGGCACCAUCGGCUACAUUCCACCAGAGUAUGCUUACACUAUGAGGGUGACAAUGGCUGGGAACGUCUACAGCUUUGGGGUGAUUCUUUUGGAACUCUUAACUGGAAGACCAGCGGUAAGUGAAGGAAGAGAGUUAGCUAAGUGGGUGCAGAGUCAUUCGAGCCAACAAGAGCAGUGCAACAACAUUCUUGAUGUCAGAGUGAGCAAAACAUCAUCUGUAGCAACAAAGCAGAUGCUCCGUGCUCUCAGUGUUGCUCUUGCCUGCAUAAACAUCUCUCCUGGGGCGAGGCCAAAGAUGAAGACUGUCCUAAGGAUGCUCACAAGACUUUAAGUGAUAGUGUUAGAUGAGGCAUGAUUUGUAAAUUUUUGCAUGUUACUGUAUGUAUAAACAGCAUAUAGAGGUUGCUUUCCUUUGGCAGUCUAUUGUCUGCAUCUCCAUUUUCGAGAUGCUGAGAAACAAGAAAGAUCUAAGAUUAUGCAUUUAGAGUUGUGUUUAAAGUUCAGUCGAUAUUAGAAGUAAGUGGAUAAAUAUGUAAAAGUCAGCAGCAAAAUCAUGUGUGAAGGCCUUUCAAUGCGCCAAAUGUUGCAAAGAUAGCUCAAACAAAGGAAUGAUUAUGUUCAACAUUACUCUUGAAAGGUAGACUCUAUCAAA